CAGUGGAGCGACAAGUAACGUAAUGUUUCAAGAAAUAAUUGAAUGGUCGUAUUUGAAUUUGAUUGAAGUUCACUGUACCUGUCGCGCGAUCCCCUCUGGCCUGCGAACCCGCUUCAUUGUUGCUCCCGCUUCUAAAAACGAAAAAAUGUCGUAUCCCAAAGAAGUUGGAGGCUAUAAGUUGGGCAACCUCAUCAUCGAAGGCAAAACCAAGCAAGUAUUCGAUCUUCCCGAUGUACCUGGCAGCUGCCUGCUUCUGAGCAAGGACAGAAUCACAGCGGGAGAUGGCGUCAAGGCUCAUGACAUGGCUGGCAAGGCCGCGAUCUCCAAUGAGACCAAUGCUAAGGUCUUUGAGAUCCUUAAAUCUGCUGGCAUUAAAACCGCCUUUGUCAAGAUGGUAUCCCCUACCGCAUUUAUAUCUAAGAAAUGCGACAUGAUCCCUAUCGAGUGGGUUACACGUCGUUUAGCUACGGGGUCCUUCUUGAAGCGUAACCCAGGAGUGCCAGAGGGAUUCCGCUUCUGCCCGCCUAAGCAGGAGACAUUCUUUAAGGACGAUGCCAACCACGAUCCUCAAUGGUCUGAAGAACAGAUUGUUAGCGCCAAAUUCAAGUUUAACGGUGUGGAGAUCGGUCAGGCUGAGGUGGACUACAUGCGUCGUGCGACGAUCCUUGUAUUCGAGGUAUUGGAGAAAGCGUGGGCUCUUCGCGACUGCGCCCUCAUUGACAUGAAAAUCGAAUUUGGAAUUGACACUGAAGGCACCAUAGUUGUCGGUGAUGUCAUCGACUCCGACUCCUGGAGACUUUGGCCCUCCGGUGACAAGAGAUUAAUGGUUGAUAAACAGGUCUACAGAAACCUGACAACAGUGACAGCUGCGGAUCUGGACACUGUGAAGCGCAACUUCGAUUGGGUAAAGGAGCAGCUCGACCACCUGAAACCCAAUAUCCACCAUAAGGUGGUUGUUUUCAUGGGAUCCCCAGCUGAUCAGGAACAUUGCCUAAAGAUCGCCAAGGCUGGUCGUGAACUCGGACUCGAUGUAGAUCUGCGCGUCACAUCUGCCCACAAGGCUACAGAAGAGACCCUUCGCAUCAUGCAGCAAUAUGAAGACACGCAUGGCGCCCUUGUUUUCAUUGCAGUGGCUGGCCGCUCCAAUGGACUUGGACCUGUACUUUCUGGCAACACUUCAUACCCUGUUAUUAACUGCCCACCGCCUUCUGAGAAACUUGUACAAGACAUCUGGUCAUCUCUUUCCGUACCAUCCGGACUGGGCUGCGCCACAGUGCUCUACCCUGACAGCGCUGCACUAAUGGCGGCUCAGAUCGUUGGUCUUCAGGAUUACAUUGUGUGGGCCCGUCUUCGUGUCAAACAACUAGAGAUGGCCUACUCACUCAGGCAGGCCGACAAGAAACUCCAGAACUUAACCCUUUGAAAACAUUAAUUUUGAUUUUUAAGUAUUACCA